ACGCGCCCACAUUAUCGAGGCCAGUUGGUGACGAUUCACAGGGUGCCAGGCCAGGCAGCCUUAGCAGCCAAGACUGACGCCAGUAAGCCAGCCAGGGGGAUAAUCGCCUAUCAUUUGGCGUACAUUAGGUGUGCAUGCACCAAAGCCAGAGCCCAAGCGAGAGCCCAUUGGAUCUCUAUAGCUAAGAAAGGACGUGCUUAUAAGCGCCCACAGGGUAGGCUCUUAACCCAGUAG